GGACUGGAGGAGGACGAAAGAGAGAAAGAAGGGGAGGGGCGCUCCGGGCUGAUGGAGCUUGACAUGAGAUAGCAGCGCACGGCCCAUCUAUCUCCUCAUCCUCCUACUUCCUUCCUCGAACCCCGGACACGCUAUUGCCGCUGCCGCUCCUGGAUGAUGUGACCGCUAAAUGACAGAGCGGGUUUGGAUUUCCCACGACAGAGCAGGAUCCUUAUUUCCCUUGACUAUCUACACAUCUCUUUUUUUAUUCCUGGGAGACGGCGUUAACGCGCAGCAACGGUGCAGUCAUGUGGCAGAGCAUUCUCAUUUGCUGCGCCAUGUUUCCAUCGUAUGCUGCGGCACCGCCCGCGCACAUCAACCGCCUGGCGCUGUUCCCUGACAAGAGUGCCUGGUGCGAGGCCAAGAACAUCACGCAGAUAGUCGGGCACACUGGAUGUCAGCCUCGCUCUAUUCAAAACAGAGCUUGCCUGGGCCAAUGUUUCAGCUACAGCGUUCCCAACACGUUCCCACAGUCGACCGAAUCUCUGGUGCACUGCGACUCCUGCAUGCCUGCCCAGACUCAGUGGGAAGUGGUGACUCUUGAGUGCCCAGGGAAUGAAGAGACACCUCGCGUCGACAAGCUAGUGGAGAGAAUCUUCUACUGCAGCUGCCAGUCCUGCGGCAAAGAAGGCGGCCAGGAGGGUGCCAUGAUGCAGCUGUAUCCGACAGACAACAGCCUGGACCCUCCAUCUUUACCCCUCAGCGUGAGCGAGACCCAAUCUCACCCGCCGCCCCAUUCCGACACACACCCCAAGCACGCCCACGCAGGCCCUCACCCUCUUCCACAUACGUCAGAUGUAGGCUAGGUUUGAUCCAUCCCUCCCCUACUUUGCAUCCUUCUUAAGGGAUAGUGUUGCAGAAGCACUUUGAAGCUAUGGAUUGAUUUUAUUUUUAAAAAAUUUAAAUUUCAUUUUAGCCAUUUUUCAUAGAUUGUUAACAUAUAUAAAUAUAUAUAAAUGUCGCGCCUUUGUUUGCCGAUAACAUAUAUGUGCAUUUGUGUACCCAGACAAAACCACAGUGAACUGUGGUAUCUGCUUUUUAUCUGUAUUGAAUACAAUAAAUUCUAUUGUUGCGAUAACUUGAUGUAUUUGUUUAUAAAAUGAAAGAUAUGUGUACUUUA